AUGCCAAGCAGCCACCAAGCCGGUCCAUCAACGAUUACGAAGACCGGAGUGCUCCCACUUGGCUCAACGAACACUUUGGCGAGCACGUUGAAGAAUGGAAGAGAUGCACUUGUUGAAGAUCCAGAAGCUGCAGAAGGCUGGGUGGUGGCAGCAUUGGCAGCGGCAGCGAUUUUCGUUCUAUUCAUGGCCGCUCGUCUUUGCUUGCUCUAUAUGAGAAAAUUCCCAGUUAAAAAAAGCGAUGACGAGCACGAAGCUCAGCCAAUCUCAGAGCUCAUUAAUCGAAGCGGAAUUUCAGCGGGCGGAGGUGGUAAGCGCGGAGGUCGAUACUCGGUUGCU